ACCGGGGUCGACCAUCUCAAAACGCGUCUCCCAGGUCUCAUCUACACUCUUCCGAGUAGACCAAAUUACGUUUAAUUUAACUGACUGAAUAACUAAGAGAUAAGUGACGUACGAGAAAUUACAGUGCGGCGUGAACGUGAGCCUUGUUUUCCUACGUUUUUGAAGUAACACUGGCCUGUGUCUCGUGUGGGCCCCCGUAUAGUUCAUGCUCUAGGCGUGCAAAAAAAGGGCUGGCUUUGCUUGCCUCCAUUGCUCAUAACUGCGAUAGGACAAGGGAUUCGACUUUCGUUUUAGUUUCUUCUAUAAUUGGGAAGUUCUCUAGCAACACCCCGAUACGUGCAUUCGUGCUAAACCUAAGACGUUUCAGGCGAAAGUAAAAUCCUGUAUUUUAAAAUUAAAGUGCAAAACAACAAAGGUGUUACCAGGAACGGGGUAUACUCCGAAGGGCACUCAACUUCCGGCUUCAACGCGCACCACCGCACACAUAUAAACGGAAAUACGGAAUAACGAGACUAGCCUUCGCACACCGGAAAGCAAAGCCAGCUGCUGCUGCUGCUACUGAACGUCCGUGGUUAUAUUUUACGUUACUUCUGUUCAGCCUUUCGACUACCGUUACAAACCACUGGGUCACCAUCGCCGAGCGUCGCUGGAUUUCCGCUUGAAAGCAUAUUUUCUAUCAGUCCAUUCAUACGACACUGCUACCCCCCCUCCUCUGCCGCCAUGGUGAUGGAUGCGCAGCCCUCGCCGCAAAAUGUCGGCCGAGAAUUUGUCCGCCAAUACUACACGCUGCUGAAUAAAGCGCCCGACUUCCUGCACCGCUUUUACAACAGUUCGUCAAGCUUUGUACACGGUGGGUUGGACGCUAAGAGCCAGGACGCGACGCUCGUUGUUGGCCAGAAGCAGAUACAGAACAAAAUCCAGCAGCUUAAUUUCCGUGACUGCCAUGCCAAGAUAAGUCAGGUCGAUUCACAAGCAACGCUUGGCAAUGGCGUGGUGGUACAGGUAACCGGCGAGCUGUCUAACGAUGGCCAACCAAUGCGUCGGUUCACACAGACGUUUGUGCUCGCUUCACAGUCGCCGAAGAAGUACUACGUGCACAAUGACAUCUUUCGCUACCAGGACGUGUACACGGACGAUGAGCUGGACGAAACGUGCGAUCGUGCAAACGGUGGCACGGACGAAGAUGGGCUGCAUUCGCUCGGUGCGGACGGUUCUGAUCCGGCUGCUUUGGUCGUCGGCGAGACGCAACUGGGCAGUGGUCCCGGUGCCGUCGCUAAUGCAACGACCGGACUGGUUGGUGUAGGUGUUCACGGUCAUCCGACGCAGCCCGGCCAGCAACCGGUGCUCGGGUCGCAGACCGCUCCUCAAGCCCUGUACUAUCCGUCGAACGUGAUCAGCUCCUCUGGAACUGGUUUGCUGCCGGGGGUAAAUACGUACGGUGCACCACCGUCGGGCGCUCCAAGUCAACCGACGUCCCAGCAGCAGCAGCAGCAGCAGUCGGCGCAUCAGCCGUCUCAGCAGCAACCUCCUCAGUCGCAACAGCUGAACGGAUUGCACGAGAGCUUGCAGAAGAUUGUGGGCUCGUCGGAGGGCGCUACGGCGGCGGCCGUCGCGGCAGUAUUACUCUCAUCGUCCACCGAUCCGCAAGGGCUGAAGUCCAAGAUCGACCAAACACCGAUGGGUGUACCUUCCCAUCUGCUUCCCGGUCAGCAACAGCAAGCACAUCAAUCUCAACUAAAUCAAACGCAACCAGCAACAACCACCAAUCAACUCGGCCUAACGCAGUCGCAGCAGCAGCUACCGCUGCAGCCAAAACAGCAGCAGCAUCAGCAGCAGCAGAACCGUCAUCAGCUAUCCACGCUGAACGAUACCGAUGCGGUUUCGCUGACCUUAACCGAUCCCACUGGUACGGCAGCGGGCGGUGUCGGUUCCGCUUCCCAUGCGGACGUGCUCUCUUCCAGCGAGCUGGACAAAAAACCUCAGCAGCACAAAUCGCAUCAACAGCAUGCGCAUUCACAGCAGUUGCAUCAGAAGCAGCAGCAACAGCAGCUAGGAUCCGGCAAUGUCGGUUUCGGUAAACAGCAGCAGCAGCAGCAGCAGCCGGUAUCACUGGAACCGAAAACAUACGCUAAUCUCGUCAAAUCCGGUGUAAGCUCCGGUACACCGUUGAGCUUCGCCUCCGCCAUGCAGGCAUCGCUCAGUUCGCACAGCACGUCGCAGCAGUCGGUGCAACAGUCGGGAACGCAGCAACAACAAUCGCACCAGCAGCACCAGCAACAACAACAACAGCCACACCCACACCAGAGCUACAGCUCCAGUGCUGCAGGCAGCAACAGUAGCAGACAGCAACAACAGCAGCAGCGAGACAUUCUGUCGCCAGGUACCACCGUCACUGCUGGCGUUAAUCAGAGCGCUACGACGAACGGUAGCGUGAGCAAGUACGGUUCCGAUCGGCAGGAUGAUCGAGGCUCGCUGGGCAACGGUGGUAUGUCUCAGCCGCGAUCUCAACAACAGCGAUCGAUGCGCAGUAACGGCACCAGCAGUAACCCGAUGGGAGGUGGUCUACGACAGCAGGACAGUCGACAGUCAUCGUAUGCGCGACAAAACUACAAUGAUAGUGAUGAGCGGCGCCAGGGUUCGUCCUCACAGUUUGGCGACAACCAUCAGCUGUUCCUGGGUAAUAUCCCGCACCACGCAACAGAGGAGGAAUUAAAAACGCUGUUCAGCAAAUUCGGGACCGUGGUAGAUCUGCGCAUCAUGUCCAAGUCGGUCCAAAAAAUGCCGGGCGUGCGUACACCGCCACACUAUGGUUUCAUCACGUACGAAGAUCCGGCAUCCGUUCAGAACUGUCUGUCCAACAUGCCGCUCUACUUCCCGGAAAAUUCCCCGGACGGACACAAGCUGAACGUGGAAGAGAAGAAAACGCGUGUGCGCGGUCCUGGUGAAGGCAGUGGCCGGAUGGGCAGCGGCGGCGGCGGUGGUGGCAUUGGCAACGCGAACGCCAACGGUCCUCGUUCGGGCGGAACUGGUUCCGGCCAGUCCCGACCAACAGGUGGGCAAGGUGGUGUAUCCUCCAAUAGGGGUGGUGGUGGUGGUACGGGCCAGCGAAGCCUUGGUGGUGGUAAUGUCGGUGGUGGCGGUGGCAGCGGCGGCAACGGUGGAAAUCGCGGCAAUAGUGGCAGCUACGGCCAGCGCUCCGACCGUAGCAACAAUGUCGGCAACGGCCAGCGUUCUGUCGGUAACGCCAACGGUAUUAGCAGCCGAGGCUUUGGCUCGGGCUACUAAAAGAUAUGAGCCGGAAACUAGGAGCAGGAGUGUGGGAAGGAGGGGGUAGAGCCGCCGUUGCUAGUUGGUGUGAGCAAGAAAUGGAUUCUCCUCUGCUUCGAAGUGACAAAUGCCGCGCAGGAUUCGAGAUCGACCCAACCCACAGAUGACUGGCGGCAGUGGCGUGGCGCGCUACCCAAAGCAUCAAAUCUUACAGAGGCAAACAAAACCCAACCUGGACCCGAGUGGAGUUUGUAAAAGGUGUGAUUUGAAGAGUGUGUGUGUGUGAGUGUGCGUGUGUGUAAAUGAAGAAUGACGUUGAGAAUCACCAGGAACGCUGGAACACCUAGGGCAAGGCGCAUACCCCCUGGUUUGGUUGUUUAUUCAAUUUAACAGAGCUCCCAGUCCAAAUUCUACUUGGGCAGAAUACUAUGACAAUUUAUAGCAAGCAAAGAUAAACAAUAGUAACAUGUAAGAAGAUGGUUCUCAUCUUCCUCCUUCCGUUUCUGGCUUAACGACCGAACCGGUCAUAAUAUCUGGCCAUGUAUCUGGCUUACUAGGCUUAUUGUUUCAAUACGUAACCGUAUACUCAAUCCUUUGCUCUUGCUCCCGUAGCGAAACAGAAAAUGAGGUCAUCCAGCUAGUGCUUAUUCCUUUGUUUGUGUGUUUGUAAAAAAAAACAGCUUCUUAAUCAUUUUCACCAAUACACGGAGGAGAACGUUUCGGUUGAAAGCAGAAAACAAUAUUAGUAAUAUUAUAUCCUUUCUGAACCUUCUGCAACACUAAACAUCCUUUAGUGUCGCGCUAUCAUUGCUGCUGCUUCAUUGAUAAUUGUGAAGUUUUUGAAGCAAGUUGCAGGUAAUCGUGUAGUUUCACCAAUACAUAGAAUCUUUAGAUCUGAGCCCCCGAUCGUUAGUAUAAACUGCGGAAACAGUGUACAGAAACAAAACACAACAAAGCAUCCAACACGCCCCAUGAUCCUCAUUUUCUCGUCUUUUGAACAAGCAAUCAAAUUAACAAACACAAAAAAUACAAAAACAAGUAAAAAAAGCCUAUCGUUUCCGGUUUAUGCAACGGUACAAAAUUGCAUACGGACAACAGGAAACACAACACAACAGGUAGAGCUAUUGAAAUUACAUUUGCUAAUAGUUCCAGAGCAUAGCACGAUAAACAAACAGGGACGAAGGAGAAAGAGACAGAAAGAGAGAGAGAGAGAGAAAGAGAGGAAUGGAAACAGGAUAACAGUAAGAUAAACUAUACUAAAAACUAAAUGUCAAGUAAUAUUAUCAGCGAGCGAACAAAUACGAUGACCCUACGAUUCGUUCUAGAGGGCGCUCGAGUUCCGGGCCUGCUAUUAAGGAAGCAGCUCCGGACUUUUUCUAGGAAAAAGUUAAUUAUACAGAUGCUGGAUUUGCACUCAAGGCACUCACAAACCCUCACACACACACAUGCACAUACACCUACAACACACGCUGAACAAAGAAAAAGUACACAAACAAUGCUUUGUGAUUCGCCUGGUAGGAACUGUACUACUAACGUACGUGCGCGUGUAUAUGUGUGAGAUGGUGUUUGGGUGCGUGUUGUAUGCGCGAUUCAUUGCAUUUGUAUGAUGAUCGUCGAAACGCCGAAGAAAGGAGCUCUGUCGCACGGUGCGCAACGGUAUUAUUCCACGGUUUUUGCAUCGGGAAUGUGUCGAUGCAUCGGUACAGCGGUCGCAGAUAAAUUGAAACAGAUAACAGAGAGGGGGAUGGAUAAAGAAAGAGAGAGAGAGAGUGAGAGAGAGAGAGCUCUAGAUAACAUAGAAACAGCAGGCAUCUUUUCCUUUCUUUUCUACUUUCCGUAAGUGUAACCAUAGUGUAAAAAAUACAAAACAUACCAACAAAAACAAACAACAGGCAGUAAACACUCACACCAUGGGAAAACGGUCCCGCGCGGCGCACUGGAUAAGAUGAAACAAACAAACAAGGCAUACACAAAAUAGGGCUCUAUUUAAUUUUCUUUUCUUCUUUUUUUUUGCGCAAACAUAUUUGAGCAGGACAGUGAAAGAAGAUUAUCGUAGGAAAACACUCGGUAAAGAAAAGGGAAGCAAACGAAAACAAACAAAAAAACAUUAUCUCGAUACUUAACUUUAAGUUAACGCAGACUAAAACCAGGAAAUAGUUUUUGAAGCAAGUGUAAAAGUAUCAGUGAAUAUUAAGUUAUAAAAGUGUUUUUUUUUAUACUAUACUAGUAUUUCGCCUUUGCGGUUAAGCAAAUAAACGAUGGGAUUAAUAGUAA